CAAGCCACAAACGCAAGAUCGCCACAUUCAAAUGGACCUGAACACCAGAAGCUUGCAAUCUAGCAACGGCAAGAGCAAGUCGAAAACCAUGGCCAAGAUCCUAGAGGAAGAAGCGGAGGACGAAGCUGAAGAUCUGAGCUCAAGCUGCGGCUGCUUCUUCUGCACCAUGAAGCAGCCGGACGCCCGACUCCGGCGCGCCAGCGUUGCCGCAUUCUUCCGUGAGCUUCCCUACCGCGAAGACGACGAUGGCGGGGCGGUGGCUGCCGUGUGGCGCGCGGCCAUGGAAGCGCCCGACGACCCCGAGCUCCCGUCGCUCGGUGCCAUCCGGUGCAUGUCCCUCCUCCUCGCGCGCGCCGUCGACGACGCGGCUUGGCGCCGCCGCGGCCAGAACGCGUGCGUGCCGUACUACGCCGCACAUGUCCUCGGAUCCUACACCAUACGCUCAUCCGCGCACGCCGAGCUCGCCGUGGCAGCCGGCGCCGUGCGCCCCCUGCUAGCCCUCCUCGGCGAUGCGAUGACGUGGGUCGAGAGGCGCGCCGCCACGCGCGCUCUGGGCCACCUCGCCAGCUACGACGCCACGUAUCCUGCUGUCGCGCGGCACGCCGCCGAGGCAGUGCCGCUCGCCGUGCGCGCCGCGUCCACAUGCGUCAGUGACGUGUAUACGAACUACGUCGCACUGGCGCCGAGCAAGAGACCAAAGUACCAGCGGGAACUCUUGACGCGCGGGCUCCAUGGCGGCGUCGGCGCCGAGGACCGGAAAGCCGAGGAGUGGGCAAGCCAGCUCCAGUGCUGGUCACUCUACUUCCUGAGCUGCCUCGCCUCGCGAGACCCGUCAUCUCAUGUUCUGAUAUGCCAGGACACCGUCUUCUCGCGCGAGCUGUGCCGGAUGUGGGGUGGCCUGGCGAACGGCGACUCGCCCGCCGGUGUCGGGCUGCUUCGACUGCUCUGCCGAAGCGCCGUCGGCCGUGACGCCAUCGCAGCGUGCCCGGACGCGCUCUCCGGCCUCUGCGACCUGGCCCGGUCGUCAGACGACUGGCAGUACAUGGCCAUCGACUGCUUGCUCCUUCUCCUCGGCGACCGCGACUCUUGGCACGCCGUUGCCGAUGCCACAGCGCCAUAUCUCGUCGAUCUUGCUGAGCUCCGGCGUCUUGGUCCACGGCGACGACUUGGCGAUGCCAUAACCAGCGCACUGCUUCUUGGCGAUGACGACCAUGCUUCCCUUGGCGAGUUACGCUCGGAAGCAAGGGAAGCAAUUGCUAGCUUAAGGGGGGCAAAGAUCGAGAGAAAGGAGAUGGAAGGAUCAAUGUCCAGGGACGAGCUGCUUCAGAGAAAGCUUUUGGCCAAGGAGAAGAAGAGGCAAGGCAACGAUAUGUUCUGGCACGGCGAGGUGGAGAGAGCCAUCGAGCUGUACACAGAGGCGCUGGAGCUGUGCCCGCUGAGCGGGAGGCGGGAGCGCCUCGUGCUGCAUAGCAACCGUGCGCAGUGCUGGCUCGCGCGGCGCGAGGUCGACGCGGCGGCGAGCGACGCCACGCGUGCGCUCUCGCUGGCGCGGCCGGCGAACGCACACGCCAGGAGCCUGUGGCGCCGCGCGCAGGCGUACGACAUGAAGGGAGGAAUGGCCAGGGAGAGCCUCCUGGACUGCCUGGCCUUCGCUGGCGCGUGGCUCGAUGGCCGGAAGCAAGGGAGGCAGCGGGCGGCGGCGCGCGGAGCGAACCUGAAGAAGCUGCCGUACUGCGUCGCCCGAAUGAUCGGUAAGCAGAUGAGCGUGACGGGGCUCUUCGCCGGCGUGUCGGAAGACGGUGGCAAGGUAGGAAGGGAUGAUCGCAUGCCACGGUGCAGCGACGGCGAUGAUGGCGGCGACGAGGACGAGAAAGAUGCCGAUGGCGACGACGGUGAUCAUGAUGAAAGCGAGGAGGAGUUUUAUGAGACUGAACUGAGGUUUUGUAGAUCAGGUACCGGUUUGCCGAUCAUGGCAGAGGAGACUUGGAGCAGCAGAUUGGCCCGUAGGAAGAAGACAUGAAGGCUAGACAGUUUGUUAUCUCAUGAUCCUCCAUCCUUUCUAAGCUACUCAGAGCUAAAUUUCGGUCUUUACCCAUUCAAAAUAAAACCGUUCGUUAGCUGCCUCGGUCAACAAUAGUGAAUUGGCUAUAUUUUUAUGUGGAUGACCUUAAAAACCCAAAGCUUAUGUGAAUUGGCUACAUUUUGAUGUGGAAAAUCACCUAUAUGCUUUGUUUUUUCAAGGUCCACCACUACAGGAAAAUGCAUUUUUGCGGUUGUUUGCCAAGUAUUUUUUAGCCAGAGCUCAGCAAACAGCUUAUAUGCCGAGUUAGGAACAAAAAACACGCGGCAGAGUAUAUUGGUUUUGGAUUUGCCGAGUAUUUCCGAUACUCGGCAGCUAAGUCAUUUCCCGUAGUGACCUAAAUGCUUUGCGUUUUGAAGAUCAAUGUGAUCAACGACUACUCAAUCUUGUAUGGGACUUGUCUGUGUUAAUCAUAUGCAUGUGU